UACGUAAUAAAUUUGUUUAAACAGCGGGAAUGUCUAAUAGUAUUUCUGUGCUUCGGGAUUGCCCUUACAUCGUCAGCUAGUCGUAGAGAGGAGCUCGAGAGGGCCGCCGAGCUCGCAGUAGAAAAAGCGGUUGAAAGGGCGGCCGAAAGGGCAGUGGAAAAGGCUCUCGACGAUGGGAAUAGCACAACAGAAUCCAAGAUUGUUCGCGAGUCUUAUUCUAAUGUCAAAAAAAAUUCGCACAAAGAAAAAACGGAGGAUAACUACGACGAUAGUGGCAGAUACAAAUCGAUGGACGAUGAAGUGGAAUCGGAAGAAGAUGUGGACGAUUGGAGCAGAUAUUCUCGAGAUUCGACAUUCGCGUCUGGACGCACGUUAAGCAGAGACUUUCCUGUGUGGUCCAGUAAAAUUGAUUUUAAAGACACGAGGGAUACCUGGAGAAGAUUCCCAAGAAGUAUAUGGUCCCAAGAAGAUACGAGUUGGAAUAAGCCGAACGAGAAGGUCGUGACCAUAGAGAAGAAAGUGCCGGUACCCGUGACAAUUGAGAAGAAAAUUCCGUAUUCGGUCUACAAGCACAUUCCUUACGAGAUCAAGGUGCCUGUACCGCAGCCUUACACAGUGGAGAAGAAGGUGCCUUACCCGGUCAAGGUCUACGUAAACGUACCGGUUGAAGUGUUGGAGCCAUAUCAGGUCGAGAAACAAGUUCCUUACAAAGUGAAGGUCGACAAUCCCGUGCCGUACAAAGUCGAGGUGCCAGUUCCGCAGCCGUAUACGAUCGAAAAACGAAUUCCAGUUGAGGUAAAAGUACCGAUACCGCAUCCGUUUACCAUCGACAAACCAGUACCUUACGAAAUCAAAGUACCGGUCAAGAUACCAGCCCCGUACGAGGUCGAGAAGAAGGUACCGGUACCGGUAAAGGUCGCCGUCGACAGGCCGUAUCCGGUACCAGUGCCAAAACCAUAUCCAGUGGAAGUCGCUAGGCCAUAUCCGGUAGAAGUGCCUAAACCGUAUCCAGUAAGAAUUAAAGUACCCGUGGAGAAACCGUACCUGGUGCCGGUCGAGAGGCCGGUUCCAGUACCUGUUAAAAUACCGGAUCCUCAACCGUAUACUGUGGAGAAACCUGUACCGAUAGAAAUAGUGAAGCCUUAUUCAGUCCCGAUUAAAGUACCCGUGGACAAGCCUUACGAGGUAUACGAACCAAAGCCGGUGCUGGUCCCGGUGAAGAAGCCCUUCCCUUACGUGGUGCAAGUACCGGUACCCGUCAAGCUCGGUUGGAACGAUCGAAACAACAAGGAUAAGGAAGAUCUGCUGGAGAGCGAAAGCACUGAGGUUAAACCAUUACGGCGACCGCAAUGGUUAAAUCACGAUUCAUUCAAUUGAUGAAACCGCAAAUGUUUGUAUUCGCCGCAAACUAUUCAUCAUAUUGACGUCGUGUACACGGAUAUUGUGCAUGAAAUUAUUACAACUUAUAUUUUAUGUAAUUAAAAAAAAAGAAAUAAAUGUUUAUAAAAUAUAAGAAGUAAAUUAACUAAAGUGAAUAAACUAAAAGUAUCACUGUACUUUAAAGUGAUAUGCAAUAUCCGAGAAAGUUUAAGAUUUCUAAUCAAAUGAUCAUAUCACUAAUUUCUAAGCUUGCAAUUUGAAAUUAACUAAUCGCUUUUUAAUUACGUAACAGGAAACUUUAACAAAUUUACGCAACAAGAUGUGUGUAUAUAUUUUUUCACUGAUUUAUGAGUCUUGAAUUUUUUUAUCUUCAAUAUAUAUAAAAAAAAAAUAAAUAAAAUCUAAACGUGACAUGAUUAAAGUCACUUUCUUAGUUUGUUUGCUAGUCACUUCCCUGUCUGCAUUCAGUCGGAGGAGAGGAAGUAGAGGACGGUUGUAAAACUGUAGUAAUAAAAUCCAACUUUGUUCCCGUUUUAUUGAUAUAUCGCUAAUUAUGAAAAUUUCAAACAAUUUUGCAAAUCAAUUUGCACGUAUUGUUUUUGUUAUGACACUUGCAUCGAAUUUUACAUUCCUGGUUAAUGACACGACUGAGAAAAUAAUACACUUUUUGCUUGUUUGCUUCAACGUAAUUAGAAUAAGGAACUUGCGAAUUUCACGUAGCAUAGUAAAAGUAAUUUUCUAAUUUUUAUAUUUGUACAUAUUUAUAUAACUUUAAUUAAUUAACUCGUAUAUUUAAUGAGUAAAAGAGCUUUUAUACGUAAUUAACCACUCUUAAGUGUAAUAAAUAUUAAUAUUCCAAAUAUGCGUACAUUGUAUAUAACUUGUAUAUUUAUAUAUUUGUUUUAAAGCUUUAUAUAUAAAAAAAAUUCUUUGCAAUUGUAUUAAGAGAAAAUACAAUUUCUGUUGAUAUCACGAAGGAUCUUAGUUGCUUUAAUCUGCUCUAAUUUUAACCGACGUAAUGUUUGAGCAUUCACUUUUUUCUUCUUCAGCAAUAAUUAGUCUCGCUUACUUCUUUUCAUUUUUUUUCGCUAUGUAGCUAUCGCUAUAGAUACGCAUCUAUCUUUGAAUAUCAAAUUAAGAAUUAAAAUUUCAAACACGAAUACGAUUAAAUAAAUACAUUUCUAGUCUUUAACUUGAUAGAAUAACUCUCUAAUUUGGCUAAUUCGUCGUAUUCUUCUUAUUACAUUUUCUUUCUUGCGAAAUAAUUAUUAAAUAUUUUAUACAGCUAAAUUCGUUAAAUUUCUCUGCGUUUUUCUACCCCUUAUUAGACUUAAAUUAUAUUACGUCAUCUUUUCGUCUAAAUUUUUAAUUUAAUUUUCCUUCUUUCUUAAAGAAAGAUAUUUUCUUUCAUUAGUACAUAAUCAUUUUAGUAUUUUCUAACUUCAAUAAGUAAAUUUGCACGUAAACGCGAUAACUAGCAAUACGUAAAAUGUCGACUCAUCUCGCAUCAGAGUUACUCAAAUCCAAUCUCAAUUACGUUCAUUAUCGUCAGAAUACUUUCAGACGUUAUCUCUGGUAUUAGUGUCAAGUAUAGUACACGUGUUUUCCAAUUGGAGCAAGUCGCGGCGAUUUGCUAUGCGUUCCUAGGAAGCGGCGCAUCGAACGCGGUCAAUCUCACAUCUUGGCGCACAACGUUCUAGGAUCUAUAUCUUCUCCUCGCCCCGUCCCACCAUCCUCUCUCUCACCGGACACUUUUCACUUUUUCCUCUCCUCCCACCGUUCCCGAUUCUUCCUCUCGCGCUCUCCGUCGGACCGCAGGGGAGACCGUUAAGCCUCCAUCGUCAUGUUCCUCGUCUCGGCCGAGAGAACUCGUACAUGCAGCCUACUCGCGUAGGUCCUUCCGUGGGGACCGGAUGCGGAGGGGGUCACACUGUCGGAGUCCUGCCGGACGAUACGCACGAACGAGAAACUUCCACAAGAUGGAAAAUGGCGGAGGGAGAUUGGCUGGUUGGAAAGAGGAGGGCAAUAAUAGCAAAGGAGGAAUGGAAACCGAUCUAUGCGUCCAGUGGCGUAGACGAAAAGGAUCAAAAGGACGAAGGACUCUUGAUAGGAGAAUCGUGAUUUCCUUGGAGAUCAUGUAUCGCUAUUUAGUGAGAGAACGCAACGUUCUUCAGGGAAUCUAAAGACGAUAUCUUUUCGAAACGUUCUCCUACUUGCGUUUUAGAACCUCGCGAACGUUAUGUGACUGCCACAGAAUUUUCCAUUCAUUUUUAAACGCCUCUUACAUGUUUUAUUUAUUUCGACCGCGAGAUAGUUGUAAAAUGUUCUUAUUCCUGACGAGCGUACUUUCUAGUUUUGAUUCUUUUUAACGCUUGCCGCCGAAGGAGAACUUCCGGUGUUCCGUAAUUUUCCGCAGUUGCUACGCCGUUGGCCCGCGAUUAUGGAAGCACCGUAGUUUGUGUCUAGGAUUUAUGAAAAAAAAAAAAAAAA